UUUGCAUAAGUGGCAGCUUUGCAAAGGACAGCCUCUUUCUCUCUUCCCUCCAUUCUCUCCCAUCUGGCAGAGGAGUCCAGCUCCCUAAAUCUUCUUUUUGUUGAUGAUCACUGGAUGUCCUCCUUUCCCCUCGGUCAGGGCCGGGCGUGGACGCCCCGGGACCGCCGAGACUUGAGGGACGGCGAAGCGCUGGCCGGCGUCGGGCGGGAGCCGGCGCUCCGGAGCGAGAUGGAGGCGGCGAGCGGGGACGCCGGAGCUGGCCACGAGUAGCUGCGGGAUUCCCGGACUCGCACUCCCCCGGCACCCGGGCGCUGCCCUGAGGCUGCCAUGGAGGUGCCUACCGUCAAGGACUUCCAGUGGAAGCGCCUGGCGCCUCUGCCCAGCCGCAGGGUCUACUGCUCCCUGCUGGAGACCGGCGGACAGGUUUACGCCAUCGGGGGAUGUGACGAUAACGGAGUCCCCAUGGAUUGCUUUGAGGUCUACUCCCCCGAGGCCGACCAGUGGACCGCCCUGCCCCCCUUGCCCACAGCCCGGGCCGGGGUGGCCGUCACCGCACUGGGGAAGCGGAUCAUGGUGGUCGGGGGUGUGGGCACCAACCAGCUGCCCCUGAAGGUCGUGGAGAUGUACAACAUCGAUGAGGGCAAGUGGAAGAAGAGGAGCGUGCUACGCGAGGCCGCCAUGGGCAUUUCUGUCACGGCCAAAGAUUACCGAGUGUACGCAGCAGGCGGGAUGGGCCUGGACCUCCGUCCACACAACCACCUCCAACAUUAUGACAUGCUCAAGGACAUGUGGGUGUCACUGGCACCCAUGCCCACCCCGAGAUAUGCUGCCACUUCCUUCCUCCGAGGUUCCAAGAUCUAUGUUCUGGGUGGACGACAAUCCAAGUAUGCGGUCAACGCCUUCGAGGUCUUUGACAUCGAGACUCGUUCCUGGACCAAGUUCCCCAACAUUCCCUGUAAGCGGGCCUUCUCCAGCUUUGUGACCCUGGACAACCAUCUGUAUAGCCUGGGAGGCUUGCGGCAGGGUCGGAUCUACCGGCAGCCCAAGUUCCUGCGGACAAUGGACAUGUUCGACAUGGAACAGGGGGGAUGGCUGAAGAUGGAGCGCUCGUUCUUCCUCAAGAAGCGGAGGGCAGACUUUGUGGCCGGCUCUCUGAGUGGACGGGUCAUAGUGGCUGGGGGACUUGGGAACCAGCCCACUGUCCUGGAGACAGCAGAAGCAUUCCACCCAGGGAAGAACAAAUGGGAGAGUCUCCCUGCCAUGCCAACGCCCCGCUGUGCCUGCUCCAGCAUUGUCGUCAAGAACUGCCUCCUGGCUGUGGGGGGCGUGAACCAGGGUCUGAGCGAUGCAGUGGAAGCCCUGUGUGUCUCUGACUGCUAGCUAUCCCUGGGCCUAGCACCUUUGCCCUGGACCUUAUCACUCUACUCUUGACAUAAGGAAUCAUCUUGUCAAAGCAGUUUGGGCUACUUCCCAGGAUGCCAGCUCCUGUUAGCAUCCAGUGGGGUCCAACCCUGGGGCUCUAAGUGACCUGUGUCCAUCUCCAAACCCUACUGAUCCCAGGAAACUGUAAAAAAGUAAUGACUCUACCAGCCCCAGGUGGGAGCUGAACUGACCUCUGGGGAGCAUUCCCACUUAAUGCACAGGCACAGAAAGUCACAGGAAUAUCUCCUACCUCUCCCUUCUGUGAGGUCCAUCUCUCCUUCCCCCAUCCCAUCUUCAGGAGACAGGUAGGACAGUUCUGACCCAGAGGAUGAGCUGCUGUUGCUGUCCUUUGCCCAGCUCUGAAGUAGUUUAAGGAUCUCUUGGGACGAAAAUGGAGAAAGAUGGGGGGGGUCCCCAAGUCCCUUUCCUCUCCCUUGGUCUGUAUCCCUUCCCCAUUUGAUGGCCAACUGUGGGCCUGCCCUGGACCUCAUCUGCUCAGCAAGAACUAGACUUGAAGCUAGAGGCAGCUGCCUGGAAGGGAAAUUGGGCUCAUGUGGACAGUCUAGGCCAGCAGAUGAUGGGGAAGCAGCAGACUCUCAGCCCUGGGUCUGCUCACCGCAUUGCUCCUCAUCCCAUUUCACCUUCUGCCACCCCCUCUCCACCAGAGCAUGGCUCUUUUGUCACCGAAGGCACCCAGAGUGUUUCUGUGUGAAACCUUCUCAUUUACACUGUGGCAUCAAAAUCCACAAAAGAUGGAUUAAUUGCACUCUGGUUAAUAGCAGCAGCACAAUGAUUAAAAUUUAUAUUCCUA